CAACGGUCGACUAGCAACGACUCUUUUAAAUAUUCAAACUUUUGCCACCAUUUCACUUCCUUCUUUCCACCCAAAACCCUAAAGAAACAGAGAGCGAAACAGAGACAGUCUGAGAAUUUUCUGUUUGGUUCUCGGGAAAAUGGUGAUGGCCAAGUCUAAGUUGUCUUACGAGGAGUCUCGCCGGCAGAGAAUGGAGGAAAACAAGAAGAGAAUGGAAGCUCUCAAUCUCCCUCUGCUUGCUCAAGCUCUUAAAAAAACCCCAAAUUCUCCCAAACCUUCCCCUAUGAAGCGCGGGGGGAAACCUCGCACGUACGAGGUGCAGAUGGUGGAGGUGAGGAGGUCCACCCGGGUUGCAAAUCGACCUGCACCCGAUUACAAAGAAGUUGUGGCGGAGCGAGUAAUGAUUCCAAGAAGGUGCUACGCCACCAAUCGGCAUAGGGAUAUGGCGAACCGGGUGUAUGCUUCCGACGAAGCCAGAGCCGCCGCGAUGGUGAAAGCCGACGAAUUGGAGCUCAGUUUGGGAUCCGAUCACCCGACAUUUGUGAAGACAAUGCUCCAAUCACAUGUCACUGGUGGAUUCUGGCUGGGUCUUCAAGUCAGCUUCUGCAAGAACCACCUCCCAAAGGGUGAAGAAAUUAUGACAUUGAUCGAUGAAGUUGGAGCCGAGUACCCGACUAUAUACUUGGCCCGGAAAACUGGACUCAGCGGCGGAUGGAAAGGAUUUGCAGUUGCUCAUGAUCUUGUGGAUGGAGAUGCAUUGGUUUUUCAAUUGAUACGGCCAACAACAUUCAAGGUGUACAUUAUAAGGGUGGAGAGACCUGGGCAGGCAAGCUCAGAAGAAUCAACUUAGGAACAAGAGUUGGGGGAUUGGAAUGUAGAGAGUUUUAUAUGUAUAUUUUGCAACAAGUUCCAUUUGCUGCUAGAAAGGUGAAUGUUUUAGGGGAUGAGUCAAUCAUCUGCAAUCAUAUCUGGUGUCCAGCAACAGAUAUAUAUAUAUAUAUAUAUAUAUAUAUGAACUCCGUUGAUGAGCAAAUUAUGAAUGGACAGGAGCUUAUUCUUAUCUUUUAUUCCCUAUAUAUAUAUAUAUAUAGAUAUAUAUAUAUAUAACAAUACUUGAUAAAGAAAGACAGCUAGAUUGCGCAUGUUAUGUUAUGGGCAUGUGGCUUUCAGAGACUGAAAACUUUUGCCAUGGCAAAUGGCAAUCAAUUCAAGCCAUUGACUUCAUUGCCAAUUUACUUUACGAGAAUGAUUUA